CGAUAUUACUCGUUGUUCUCUUCUUCGAUGGAGCCUAACCCAAGCACCCCGCAGGACUUGUCCCAGGUUGACGUUCCCGAGUGAGUUCCACGCCCCACACCUCCCACCCACUCUAUAAAAUCACCCAGGGACCCCUUCAUGCAUAAAUCUAAAAUCCCCGAGUGGCAAACCCGCUCUUAUGGCAGAGUACCCGAGCCUCUUCACCGACUCUGAGAUGCAGAGAUGGGCAUUGACGUGCGGUAGAGGAUGGGAAGGACUCGUUCGCCAGGUCUGCGAGGAGCUGAAAAGAAGGGGCUCUGGUGUCGUGUUCACACAAAUCAAGGAGAAGUUCGGAAAGUUGAGGAUAUAUGUGGAUAGUGGAGAUGAGGAGAUGAGGAGGUAUUUAUGGGAGAUGGAGGAGAAGUCGGGGAAGGUGUGCGAGACGUGUGGGGCGGAGGGUCGUUUGGCGGAUUCGAGUGGGUGGUAUUUCGCUACGUGUGAGGAGUGUGCGAGGAAGAGAGGGAGGGAAUUCAGGUGGCUGGAAGAUGUGCAGAGGGAGCAGACCGUGGGAGAGGUGGAUGAAUCUUGAGCUUGACGGUUUUUGAGUCCUAGGUUAUGCUCUCCUCAUCCGUUACAACGCCCCGUUCCAUCCUCGCCUUGUUCAAGAAGAUGUACGUCGUGCUGCUUUUUCGACUUCAAGGUGCCGCUUCCGCGUUGAG